AUGUCUUCAGCUGAUGGAACAAACACAGCAGAUGGAAAGCUUCCAUCGACACUCCUAGCCGCAAAAAGGCUUCGAAGGAUGCUGGAUCAAGAAGGGAUCAUCGUGGCACCCGGGGUAUACGAUGGAUUCAGUGCAAGAAUUGCACAUGAAGUGGGGUUUGACUGCAUUUACAUGACGGGCGCUGGAACUUGUGCUUCGAAGCUUGGACAGCCUGACUUGGGGCUUGCGAGCCUAAAUGACAUGCGUGAACAUGCUGAAAUGAUCGCAAACCUGAACCCCUCCAUUCCGCUGAUCGCAGAUGCCGAUACAGGGUAUGGGGGACCUAACAUGGUGGCAAGAACGGUUGCCCAAUACCAUCGGAGUGGAGUGGCAGGUCUGCACAUUGAAGACCAAAUUACAACCAAGAGAUGCGGACAUUUGGGUGGAAAGGAGGUCGUCAGUACCGAAAUAUUCACACAACGCAUCACAGCGGCAGUGCAGGCACGCGAAAGGCUGUCUUCGGACAUCGUGAUAAUCGCUCGGACUGAUGCUUUGCAGACGCAUGGUUUCGAGGAAGCCAUAAAACGGCUUCAAGCCGCCUUUGAGGCAGGUGCAGAUGUUGCUUUCCUUGAAGGCAUAACCUCCCGCGAAGAGGCGAAGGAAGUUUGCAGGAUUCUUGCACCUCGGCCAGUGCUCUUGAACAUGGUGGAGCACGGUGCAACUCCUUCGAUAACUCCACAAGAGGCUGAGGACCUUGGUUUCAAAAUAAUCAUCUUUCCCUUUGCGGCGAUUGGCCCAGCAUAUGAGGCGAUCAAGCACACACUUGAGAUGAUAAAGACAAGUGGCCGAACUGGGCUUGCUAGUGAUUUUACACCAAAGAAGCUGUUCACAGUCGUCGGGUUAAAAGAGGCCACGGCCAUAGAUCUUGCGGCUGGAGGUCAAAUGUACACAAAAGUCUGA